AUGGGUAAGCAGAAUUAUUUGGCCAACUUGUUGGGUGUUCAGAGGGUCGAUAAACAUGAACGCUAUUUGGGUCUACCUACAUAUGUGGGGAGGAGUAAGACAGCAGCGUUUAACUAUCUGAAAGAGAAACUGACCAAGAAGGUGAUUAGUUGGCGUGCUACACUACUUAGUGGAGCAGAGCUGGGUGAUCACCCUUCCUUUCCCUGGCGUAGUGUUUGGGAGGCCAGAGAUGUAUUAAUGAAGGGUGUCAGAUGGCAAGUUAGGAAUGGUGAAGAUAUUGAUAUCUGGAGAGAUAACUGGUUAUUCGAUUCUUUUCCAAGCAGUCCAUGUUCACCUCAACCGGGAGAUGCCCCAACGAAGGUUUCUGAACUCAUUCUUCCGGGUUCCAGAACUUGGGAUGAGGACAAGAUUGCUCAGUGGUUUGCAUCGGUAGAUAGGGAAUUGAUUCUAAAAAUCCCACUCAGUCAACAUGCUCCAAGGGACAGUGCUUACUAUAUGGCUCGUGAUAUAUCACUGGGAUUAGUUUUGGCUUUUCCAUCGAUCCCAGAUCCCUAUACCAGAUUAUGGGCAGCUCUCUGGAAGGCCACAGUUCCUAAUAAGGUGGCUCUUCAGGCCUGGAGAUCCUGUGUUAACAUAUUGCCGACAAGACAUUGUUUGAGUACCAAGGGUUAUGUGGGGGAUAUGGUUUGUCCUUUAUGUGGAAGUGGGAUUGAAAACAAUGUGCACCUUUUCAUUCAUUGUAAUUAUGCACGUGAAGUAUGGGCAGCUGCAAAUCUUCCAGUACCCUCAAUGCAUGUCUUCGUCGUGAAAGAUUAUCUCCUACAGUUGGUGGGCAUUUUAAGUACAGAACAUUUUGGCAAAGUUUUAAUUCUUCUCUGGGCUAUAUGGAAGAAUCGCAAUACUCAGGUGUGGGAAGGAACAAAGCAACACCCAUGUGAUGCCAUGUUAAUGGCUUUUGGUUGGCUAACGGAGUUUCAGAAAGCUAAUAGUUGUGAGAAGCAAUCUCGAGUGCAGAGACAAGGUUAG